UUACUCACACGCACCACACACACAAGCUCACACACUCGCAUCAUCCUCUCUCGUACUCUCGCACUCACACCUCUCUUUCUGUCACCUUGUCUUCCCUGCACCAGCCUACCCACCCUUCUCCUUCGUCCAACCUACCGUACUCUGCCUGCCUACAUCCUGCAUUUACCUACUUUACUCUAAUACUCCCCCCUCAUCAUCCUCGCCCUUCCUUCUUUCGUCUUCCCUACUCUACCGCACCUGAUCCUCAUCGUCGUCAACGGCCUCUCUUGCUCUCCUUGCUUGCUAGCCACCAUCCUCUCAUCCCGCCUCAUCCCCCCUUCCCUUGCCAUCUACAUAUCCUCUCCCUCAUCUCUCCCUCCCCCCCCCCUUCCCUCCUUUCUCUCCUACCAUCGUCAACCAACCGAUACUCGCAUCGUCAAUCCAACGCUUCUCGCCCGCGAGUUAUUCUGCAAGCAAUCACGCAAUUCGACCACCUCCGCCGAAGAGUUGACAAGACUUGAGCCAGUCAAUCCAUCGACGGGAGACAAUAGAGAAGAGAGGCCUCUUGGACUUCGAUCCAGUUCCGACUCCACCAGCCUCGGCAUUUGCUGUCAUCGAACAUCGACUCACAUCCGUGUCCUUUGACUCACUUGCCCCCCGCCUUUGUCAUUCCUCAAGGCCUCGUGCUCCCGAAGCAACGACACUCCACCCUCGUAUCCAAAUAAGAGCUGCACCCUUUGCCCUUUUUUCCUCACGACUCGAACGACUCUCGUCAACCGAUUCGUUCUCCGUGCCCUCGUCGACGCUCGAAUGCUGCUGUAGCCACUGCUUUUCCGCCGACCCCGGUAGUCUGCUUGCUUGCAAGCCGUUGCAAUCACACUUCGACGACCACCAUCUUCGGCCAUCGACAACCACGUCAACCAGGCCUCAGUGCCAUUCAGAGUCAGCAAUCCGACAAUCAACAGCCGCUACGCUUCGCCGACUCUCAAACUCGCCGAAUCCUCUAGUCAGGAUUCGACAUCUUCAUUUCUUUUGCACAUCAACGCCUAUAGGUUGAUCUCGCACUGCCUUUUCUUCGACCUUCGGGCACCACCACUCUCUACUUUUUACCAUCGAGCCUUUUCUUUUUCAAUGUCCUCAUAACGAUACUUUGUCUUUUUCUUCCGGACCCCAACGUCCAAAUAACCCGAUUACGACCAAACAACAAACCAUCAACAACAGACCUUCGCUUUCAUAUGUUCAACAAUAGCAAAAAAAUACCCUCGAUGAGCCUCUGAUACGUGAACGAAUAGGAGUUAGAUACCGUCUUGUUUCCUGUUAGAUUUAUUCUUUCCAACCCUGUAUAUUCUUGGCAACAACCUACUCGCCGUCUCUUCCCUCGAACCAUCACAAAACCCUGUUACGAACGAAACCAUCGCCACUUUCACACGCUUCUUUUUCACUUCGACAACCCCUCUCCAGCAACGAAUCAUCAACACCCGAAGAGCACCUAGGCUCAUUGUUGUAUCGUUUUCGUUUCCACGUUGUUUCUCCGUUCGAUACCCUUCGUCCAACGCUUCGUUCCCCUAGCUUCGACAUGGCAUGCUUGAGAGACAACUUCCAGAAUGGCGUCUUGCUCGAUGGUCGGUAUAAGACCAUCUCUCCUCUCAACCAUGGCUCAUUCGGCAUGGUCUUCAUGGCCAAGGACAUCAAAACCGAUGACACUGUCGCCAUCAAGUGCUUGACUAAGAAGGAAGCCGCUGAUGACAUCGGUUUCGACUUCGCCAUCGAUGAAAAGUCGGAGGAACUUGUUCUCCACCGCCACCUUGGAUCGCACCCCAACAUCGUCAACCUCCUCAACACCUUCGAGACCGAAUCUCACCUCUACCUUGUCCUUGAGUUUUGCCCUCAAGGUGACCUGUACGAGGCCAUUCGCAAUGGUCAGGGACCCCUCGAGACCGAACAUGUUCGACAGUUCAUGUUGCAGCUCGUGGAUGCUGUCGACUACAUCCACUCCAAGGGCGUCUUUCACCGAGAUAUCAAGCCGGAGAACAUUUUCCUCACAAAGUCUGGUGAUAUGAAGCUCGGUGACUUUGGACUGGCGACGACUGAGAACUGGACCUUGGAGAACACCGUCGGCAGCGACCGCUACAUGUCCCCGGAGCAGUACGACUCUGCCGGUGCCGGUUACUCCCCUGCCCAAGCGGAUAUCUGGGCCAUCGGCAUCUGCCUACUCAACAUUCUCUUCUCCCGAAACCCGUUCACCACCCCAACCGAGGCGGACCCUCUCUUCUUGGACUUCUCGAGGGACAAGCAGUCGCUCUUCGACGUCUUCCCUUCCAUGUCGCAGGACACGUAUGAGGUGAUUGCCCAGUGCAUGAGCUUGGACCCUAAGAAGAGGUCUCUUGUUGGUGCCCGAGCUGCCCUACAGCGUGUCGUUAGCUUCACCACCACCGAGGAAGACGACGAUGACUUCUGCUGCGCCGAGCGUCACAUCAUGGCCAGCGCCAACCGUGAGCCUCUUCGCACGCCCUCAAUCCAGAGCCCCCAGGUCGACCAGGGUGCAUUCCCUUGGGCCAAGGCCCUGCACACCACGCCCCCCAAGCCCAUUCGCCAGCUUAGCGCCAUCGCCGACGACGAGAGCUACACUGAGGACUUGUUUUCCAAGUCAGGCGAGACUUCAGACUGGUUCAGCUCUGCCCAGACGCCGUCCAUCUCUUCUACGCUCAACUCUAGCCUUGGUGUGUCGAUGAAGUCGCUCCACAUCGGUCGACCCAUGAAGGCGGCGCCUCGUCCCAUCCCCAAGGUCUCGCCCAUGGCUGGGUCCCUCCCCAUCAACAUGACCAAGCCUCGAAGCAACUUGUCUUCCAUGUCCUUGGUCUUUGGCCGUAAGGAUGUCGUCUCCAAGAGCUGGAGUGACAUGUGGGACGAGGACGAGGAGGAGGAAGAGGCGGAGGCGGAGCGCGAGAGGCAAAUGCAGUCUCUUAAGGACCUCAACUCGAGGACCUGGAGUCACGACAGCAAGCUGGAUGAUCAGGACGACUGCGACACGGUGGACGCUACUCCCAUUGCGACUACCCCUCAGCGUUCUCAUCACGACAGCCACAAGUUGAUUCACAACGAUAUUGACAGCGACCACGCUGCUGACGGAUUCUUCUUUCAACAAUCGUCUCCACCAAAGUCGAAGCCAAUGUUGACCACUCCUCAAUCACCCCCUAAGCGGGACAAUCUCGACAAGUGGUCUGCCUUGGGUCAGCGUCGUCGCGGGCUCACAGGCUCGUUAUACUCGCAAAUGUCACCCGAGUUUCCUCGACAAAGAACAAUCGGACUGAGCUACAAUUCUUAUGCAGCGGGAGUUUCGGACCACACUGGACAUCACAUCACUCACAACACUCACAACAAAUCACCUAAGGAAAAGGUCAAGGAUUGCCCCUGGAACAAGGGCAGAGAUUGGAAUUACUGGCGCAGGGAGAAGCGCAAUGAUCUCGCAGAUGUGGAGUGGGUUGGCGGCUGGCAGGAAGCACAUUCCUAGUCGGUCACCUCUUGUGGUUGGGUUCUCGUCAACGGGACAUCGCCGGUUUUCCUCCUGGUUGCUGGUCGUGACAUGAUUGUUUACGACCGGGAUAGCCUGAGGCGCCAUUUGGGCAAGACAUGCCACCUGUUUGGAUGAAAGAACUCAACUCGCUUUCUGUGUAUUAGAUAUCUCCAGAUUAAUGAACAAUACCAGAAGUUACCCACUCA